AUGGCAUCAGGGGCCAUUUCUCAGCACACGCGCGAACUGUCCGAGCCAUCCGAACCCACCUUGCUUGACCUCUUAUCCAACACGCUUGUGCUCCAUCACAUCGUUCCACACCUUCCCAUUACUUCUCUCCUGCGCGUUGCCUCUGCUUCCAAAGCACUUCGCGGCCUGAUCCAACACACCCCUGGUGUCUUUCGACACGUCGAUCUUACGAGCAUUCACUCGGCCCAAGUCGAUAUCAAGGCCAUUGACCAUGGCGGCGAGAUCUGGCGCAAUGUGCAGCUCGACGAAAACCUCACCGAGGAUGACUUUUACUCUGGUCCCCUGAGGGGCAUCUUCUACAAUAUUGGACAUUUUGGUGUCCUCCAGAAUGUGCAGACGCUUGUUCUCGAUGGCCUCUCUGUCACGGCCGAGCUUGUGAACGAGAUCCUCGUGGACCCGAGGUUCCACGUUCGUAUACUGUCCAUCCGAGACGCGAAGAACCUCAACGAGCGGAAACUCAUGCAGUCGCUUCGGUACGCAUGUCGCGCCAGCCGAGAGGAGGGCACACCUCAGUUGAAGGGACUCUACAUCUUCGGCAAGAAGGAUACGCCUGUCCUACCAGCAGCGACCUCGACUGCAUCAACGCCGUCCGCACGAAGCGCCAGCAUCAGCAUCGAUUGGAACCACAAGUCGAAUCAUGCGCUGAAAGAGGCCAUGACUGCCGAUGGGGACGACUGGUAUCACAAGAGGGGGAAGAUGAUCAGCAGACCUAUUGCGGAGGGAUGGGCCGAGACGUUGCUGGACUGUCGCUCCGCGAUCAAUUUUGACGCCGUUCUUUGCACCGGCCCCCGACACCAGAACUCGCCAGCCCUUGGAAGAGUUCCGGUUUUGACCGUUCCUGGCGGGAGGUCACCCUGGUCUGUUGCAACCUUUGCACUCGGAGGAUGUAAUUCGUGCGGCUGUGCGCCUGAGGGCUUCACUGAAUACGGCGAAUCUCUUGCUGAGCAGCUCCCCCUCUUGGCGCCGCCACCGCUCCACUCCUCCAACCCGAAGAAUGCGACCCGGCCCCAGAACAUUCAUGCCGACGGAAAGGAACCACUGCGGUUUGUACCACGGUGUUGGGACUGUAUCCGAGAUCGCUACUGUUUCAGUUGCGACCAGUGGUGGUGCGAGUCGUGCUACCAGGCCCCCACGGAUGCAGAGUUGCAGGCAGCCCAGCACGUUCACAUCGUGGAGGACACAGGCAGUUUGUCAGAUCACGAGGCGGUUGCGACCGAACCUCCCAAACUCAAGGACCCCAAGAUCAAGCGAGACUGCUGGGAGUGCCAGACGAAUUGUCUUGACUGCAUUGCGCAGACGCAGCUCCACUGCAGGGUUUGUGGUGGAGGGUACUGUAUCAAGCACCACGAGGGCUCGACAAUGACACAUUGCGAUUGGUGUUCGGCCCGUGGCCGCCACAUUCGAGAACUCUACUAG